AUCCUAGGUCUGCAGCUGCGUCGACGGAGCAUUUCGAAUCUACGGAAUUGACGUUCAUGAGUGACGUAGUUUGCUGCUUUUGCGGAUCACAAAAUUGGUUUCGUUCCACGUCGUCUUCAAUGUCGCAAACCAUUACAUUUAGCUAUUUACCACUGAAAUAAAGGUGUGGAAAAUACAAUUUAGGGUAAGUUACCAUGUCGCUGGCACCCAAGACAAGGGUGUGUUUAUAACUGGAGAAUGAUAGUGCUACUAGCUCUGAGCUCCCUGCCAUGUCUUUGGAGAAGACCUCCGACCUGGCCAAUGAGAACACAUGCUUGCCAUCCUCGCUGACCCUUGACCUCCGCUACCCACAUAGUGUUCAGUUUGAUUCUGACCUGAGCAAGAAGGCCAAAGGCACCACCACCUCCUCCACCAAGAAGCGCCACAACUAUGCCACAUCCACACCUUUGGACUUGCUGAAUGGCACCAUGGGUAGCAAUUGCAUCGAUGAGGAAGAGUCCAGUCAACAGAGAGAGGAGGAGAGGGUCCGGAACCAGGAGAACGAGCAGGGACAGCACUGCACUGGGACCAAUGCCAAGUGGCUCAAGGAGGGUCAGAAUCAACUUCGCAAAGUGGCAGAGAGGCAGCAGGACCAGAAUAUAAAUUCUGACCAGGAUUUGAAUCACAACGAAAGCCCAGAUGGAAACCCCAACCAUAACUCUUUAGUGAUGGACCAGCAGGAGGAAGACAGUGAGCAGAACCCGUCUUCUAAGACCCUGAGGUCCCUCUGCUCGGACCUGAAUGAACCUCUGCUGAUCGACACCUCAGAGACCCCUCAUGGGAAGGAGGAAGAAGAGAAAGAGGACAGGGAUGAGGAAGAGUCUCCACUACUUCCAACAGGUGGAGAGAGGGACACAGACUCGUCUGAGGUGCAGAGUAGCAGUGAGUCUCAAAGAUAUGACAGUGGAGAAGUGAAGGACACAUGCCUGCUGUUUCAGGGCAGAAACGCAGCACCCAGUGAUGAGGACUCCAGUUGCAUGUCACUGUCUCAGGGCAGCACAGCCAACAGCACGCCAGACAGUGACCCAGAGUCCUACUGGGACCGCAGUGCGUUUGAGACUGACACAGACCUGCCUGCAGGGUGGAUGCGGGUCAGAGACGAGUCGGGUACCUACUACUGGCACAUCCCAACAGGCACCACACAGUGGGAGCCCCCCUCUCUCCUAGAGGAGGGAGAAGCCCCAGAAAGACCCUCCAGUACCUCCCCUGCCAUCACACCCAACGUGGAGCCAACGUUGACGUGGAAUAGUCUCACCCAGUCCCGCCCCAACAGAUUUAAUGACGAGGAGUUCUGGAAGGAGGAAGAUGCCAUGGCGGAUCAGACCCUAAAGGAUUUUGAAGGAGCCACAUUGCGUUAUGCCUCUAUCAACCUCAACUGCUCACAAUCUGAAGAAAAGGAAAAGAUGAACUCGCUCAUCAAUGACCCGGAGGCUAAGGUUUUUGCAGUCCGGUCUCUUGGCUGGGUGGAGAUAUCAGAGGAGGAGAUGGCUCCAGGGAAGAGCAGUGUGGCUGUCAACAACUGCAUCAGACAGCUCUCCUACCACAAACACAACCUGCACGACACGGCUGGGAUCUGGGGAGAGGGAAAAGACAUGCUCCUUGUUCUGGAGAAUGAGAUCUUGAACCUGAUAGAUCCGUUGGGCCAGACCUUGCUGCACACCCAGCCUAUCGUCAGCAUCAGAGUGUGGGGAGUGGGCCGGGACAACGGCAGGGACUUUGCCUACGUGGCGAGAGACAAACUGACUCAUGUUCUGAAGUGCCAUGUGUUCAGGUGUGACACACCUGCUAAGAACAUUGCCACGAGCAUGCAUGACAUCUGCUCUAAGAUAAUGGCCCAGAGGAAGUCAUCCAAAUCCUCUCUGAACAGACUGAACACAGACCCCUCUAAACUGGCAGACAUUCCUUUCCAGGAAUUUCCUGCACCAAAGAAUGAGCUAGUCCAGCGCUUCCAGGUAUGUUACCUAGGUAACGUGCCUGUGGCCAAACCCGUAGGUAAGGAACGCUUUGGUAUGGACCUAGUUAAUGUUGCCCUCGACACAGCAAUGAAUUCCAAAGUCAAGGAAGAGUGGACGUCAGUUACUGUGAACGUGGCCUCAGCCACACUUACUAUAAUCACAGCUGAGACAGAGGAGGUUCUGUCAGAGUGCCGGGUGCGGUUCCUGUCCUUCAUGGGCGUGGGGAAGGACGUCCACACCUUUGCCUUCAUCAUGGCCGAGGGCCCCGGGGACUUCAUCUGCCACAUGUUCUGGUGUGAACCCAACGCAGCCAGCCUCAGUGAGGCCGUGCAGGCCGCCUGCAUGCUGCGCUACCAGAAGUGUCUGGACGCCAGGCCGCCCAGUACCAGCUCCUGCCUGCCAGGCCCACCGGCUGACUCUGUGGCACGACGUGUGGGCUCAAGUGUCAAGAAGGGAGUUCAGAGCCUGCUGGGCAGCUUCAAGAGGUCUGGGUCCCAGACUCCCUGAGAGGUGCCAACUAACCCACUACAAAACACUCUACCCCCAGGCCAAGCCCACCAUGAUAGCCAUGGCUCUCCUCACUCCUCCACUGCCUCUCUAUCACCCCCAUUCUGAGGUGUUAUGGUAGAACCUGCUUCCCUUCUCAUGGGCACUGUGGGCUGCCUGUUGGGUUGGGGUACCAGUAAACCGAGUGCUGCCCACAGCUCCUCCAAGCGUUACACUUCCUUCACUUCACCUUUGGUUGGACAAGUAGGCCAUCUUUUCACUUGUUUGUUUAAUCUGUGAUUUAUUAAAGGUCCAAUGCAGAAGUUAUCUCAAUAUCAAAUAAUUUCUGGGUAAGAAUAUAGUACUUUACUUUGAUUUGUUUUCAGGUAAAAUGCUCUUAGCAAAGAGCAGUUUCUCAAGAAUUUAGCUAGGACUGUCAGGGAGUGGUCUGAGGGGGGAAACCGAAAAUUUAUUUUUAUCGGAAGAGAUGUUUGGAACUCUUUCUUAUUGGUCUGUUAAGAGGAAACUUGGUCUAGUUUACAAAGUACCAACACUAAUUAUGCUUAGGAAAACUUAUGUUCUGUAACAUUGUUUCUGCUAUUUGUUUUGCAGAACAAAUAUAGUAUAUUAUUGGUGAAAAUAGAAAUGGAAGAUGUGCAAUUGAAUUGUGAAUGUGGUUGAGCUCAUGCCAUGUGCUUGUGGCACUAUCAUGUUGGUUUUCAUUUCAAAAUGGAUAUCGACUUGAAAGAAAUUAGAAACAGUGACAUGAGAAGUCUACAUAAAAUGCAGCAUGGUGAAUGAGUGUUGAGCUGGAAGCACUAAAACAUGCUAGCUAGCUAAUAUAAUAUUUGGCAAAUAAAUAUUUUGUAUAUAUAUAUAGUUUCUAUAGUACAUUUGUUGUGAUGCCGUUUUGUUUUAAGUCCCCUCUUCCUUCUGGGGGAGCUGGUAAACCAGCAAGUGCAACAUUUGAUUUGUAUGUGUAUUGCAAAUUGCAGUAAAAUAUCUGUAGUUCAACUCCUCAAAUCUAAAAUGGAGAUGGCAUACUUUUAGCGCAUGACUCAAGUUUUAGUGAAACCUCUCAUGUCUCAAAGAAAGCUUAGGCUAUCUGUUACUGCACUCCAAGUGGACAGUAUGUUGGAGGAGGAUGGAAGCUUUCUAUUGUGUGGAAAUGGAUCUGAAGUUGAUUGUGUCAUCCUUUUUUUGUGAUCAGAUGUUGUAUGUUAGUCUGUUUAACCACGUUCUUUUUUAUCUGUUUCACAAUUUUUUUUUUUUUUUACACGUGUCAAGUGUUAUAAUUGUUUUCCUUUACUCCAUUGUGUAUGUUUAAACUUGUUUUAAUUUAGUUACAUCUGAGCAGCUACCAGCUACCCCGUGUCCUUUCAAACUGUUUAUAAGAUCUGACAACUUUUAUGCCUCCUAAUUAAUUGGGUCUAAGGGAUGAGACACUACUGUCAUUGUGAUAGACAUGUCACUGAACUUGACAGUGUCUGUCAGUAACUCACAAGUCAUUUAACUCCCACUUCCUUUUUUUAUUUCAGUUUUUAAACUCCUGACUGCCCUCUGCUGGGCUUUAGAAUAGUUAUUUUUCAUUAGCAGUGUGUCUGACGACAACAGGAGAGCUAACAAGCCUGAUGCAUUUUGUUGUGCAAAGAUUGUAAUUACGGAAAGUGUUUUUUUUUUAACCCACAACAGUGUUUGUCUAUGAAAUAUUCAGGCUGAAGUGUGUGUGGAAGUUUCCUCCUUAGCGUGCAGUAUGUGUAAAUCAUAUGAACACUUCGCUGCAUAUAAACACAUCUUUAAAAUACCCAUAGUUGACUGACGAGCAUAGUCUUCCCUUUUUGUUUUUGAAUGCAGUUGGUUAAAAAUACUUUCUUUUUUUUAAAUUAAAUUAUUAUAUUUUUCUAAGUGUGUGUGUGUAACAUAUCUGUGAGAUGGAGAUGCCUUUUUACCCUCAGUUCCUACCACUAUGUGGUCACUGUUGCAGCAGUGUUUCCAAAUCUGUAUCACCAUACUAUUUAUCCCCCUCCUUCACUUUAUUGUGCCACAUUUCUCCAGCUCAUCUGUUUUGGACAGCAAUUUGACCAGACAAGAAGCCAUAGGUUACGCUUUGGCCUGGCUUUAGUUGCUCGCUCACUCACUCUUAAGUACUGACUAAUAAAAACAUAGACACGUAUAUGUACAAUGUAGUUUUUUUUUAGUAUGACAUUGUUUUUGUUGUAACUGAAUUUGUGCGAUUUUCGUCACGCCUAUAAUUUUUACUCCUUACUCUACACACUAAGUACUCUACACUACUUACUGUAAAUGUCAGACAUUGGUUGCCUUGUACAAACAGAGCUUCCUGCUGUUAGUAUAUCAUUUAUUUUUAAUUCACACUGUAAUAUUGGACCAUGCUUUGAGGACUCAAAAAUACUAUCAAGAAUUUGUGCAUGUUGUUGCUAUACAUGUGACUGUACAUUUCACGUGUCAAAUGUUUUCCCUUCCAUUUCAAUAGUGACUGUCACUACACAUGUCCCUAAUCCACUUAUUGCUCACCUGUUUCUUUUGUUUUGCUGAGAAAUCAGUUAUAACCCAUUUAUAUAUUCAGUGUAGAUGUUAACCAGUGGGUGCACUUUGCAUGGCUGUUACAUAAGAACUGACCCUAGCUUCUCAGAACAGGGGAGCACAGAGGGUCCUCAGUGUGUUUUCAGCUCUGUAAGGACAAAUAUAGGCCACAAUGGGAAGUCUGAGUACUGGUAUACGUUAGCCCUACUAUCAAAAACCCCAUCGGAUUGUCAAUGUAGAUUCCUUGUUGUAAUGCUCAAGAUAUUUAGGUUGCUUUGGUGAUGUUCAAGGUUAAAUAUUUGUCUUAUUAAGGAUUAAUCAUUGCAAUAAAAAUUAGUAAUACAUGCUUUUCUUUAACUUACGAUAAAUUAUUGAAGGAUUUACAUGUGUUGAAGAUGAGAAACCGACUUUGAUCCAAAUGUACCGCAACACUAAUAUGAUAGGGCUGUGAUCAUGUCCUCUGUCAUAGGCCAUGGAAAAUAUCUAGGUUCAGUUUUUAACAAAUGUGAACUUUUAUAUGUCUGCUUUUUUGUUUUUCAGAUGUGUUCAGUGUGUUGUUAACCUUUCGAUGUGAGGUAUUUAUUAAGCCUUAUUAAGGAAACCUUACAAUGAAGUGAUACCUUUUUGUUCACACUCCUUUUUGUCAACCAUGUGUAUUUUUUAGCUUCUGUUUUCUUUCAUAUCCACUGGUGACUGUAAUGCAAAAAAAGUGGUCAUUUACAUAUCUGAAGAAUGUAAAUGAGGUAUGUGUAUGUAUAUACAGUACCAAUUAAAAGUUUGUACACCUACUCAUUCAAGCAUUCUUUAUUUUUACUAUUUUCUACAUUGUAGAAUAUUAGUGAAGACACACUAUGAAAUAACACAUGGAAUCAUGUAGUAACCAAAAGAGUCUUAAAUUAAUCUAAAUAUAUUUAGGCUUUUUUGAAGUAGCCAUGCUUUUCCUUAAGUUUACACACGCUUGGGAUUCUCUCAACCAGCUUCACCUGGAAUGCUUUUCCAACAGUCUUGAAGGAGUUCCCACAUGCUGAGCACUUGUUGGCUGCUUUUCCUUCACUCUGCGGUCCAACUCAUCCCAACCCAUCUCAAUUUGGUUGAUAUCAGGGGAUUGUGGAGGCCAGGUCAUCUGAUGCAGCACUCCAUCACUCUCCUUGGUAAAAUAGCCCUUACACAGCCUGGAGGUGUGUGUUGGGUCAUUUUUAGUGGGACUAACAAAUGAUAAUCCCACUAAGCGCCUACCGGAUGGGAUGGCAUAUCGCUGCGGUAGCCAUGCUGGUUAAGUGUGCCUUGAAUUCUAAGUAAAUCACAGUGUCACCGUUUCUUGGCCCAUGCAAGUCUCUUCAUCUUAUUGGUGUCCUUUAUUAGUGGUUUCUUUGCAGCAAUUUGACCAUGAAGGCCCGAUUCAUGCAGUCUCUGAACAGUUGAUGUUGAGAUGUCUAUUACUUGAACUUUGUGAAAUGCAGCCCAUUUAUUUGGCUGGUAACUAAUUAACAUAUCCUCUGCAGCAGAGGUAAUUCUGGAUCUUCCUUUCCUGUGGCGGUCUUCAUGGGAGCCAGUCUCGUCAUAGCCCUUGAUGGUUUUUGUGACUGCACUUGAAAUGUUCAAAGUUCUUGAAGUUUUCCAGAUUGACUGACCUUCAUGUCUUAAAGUAAUGUUGGACUGUAGUUUCUCUUUGCUUAUGUUAGCUGUUCUUGCCAAAAUAUGGACUUGGUCUUUUACCAAAUAGGGCUGUCUUUUAUAUACCACCCCUACCUUGUCACAACACAUUAAGACGGAAAUAAUUUGUGGAGUUUAACUUCUAACAAGGCACACCUUGUUAAAUUGAAUUGCAUUCCAUGUGACUACCUCGAAGUUUAUUGAGAGAGUGCCAAAGCUGUCAUCAAGGCAUAGGGUGGCAAUUUGAAGAAACUCAAAUAUAAAAUAUAUUUAGAUUUUUUUAAACACUUUUUUGGUUACUACAUGAUUCCAUAUGUGUUAUCAUAGUGUUGAUGUCUUCUAUUACUCUACAAUGUGGAACAUAGUAAAAAUAAAGAAAAAUCCUAGAAUGAGUAGGUGUGUCCAAACCUUUCACUGGUACUGUAUACAUAUACAUGUAUGUUAAUAUUGUGUCACAGGACAAAAUAAAAAAUGGAACUGUA